AUGAUUCUAUUAAUUGAUUCCUAUGAUUCAUUUACGAAUAAUCUUUGUCAGCUUAUUUCAAAGGUUACAGCCAAAGAGGUGGUUGUAAUAAAGAACGACACAUUUGACGACAAUGAAUAUCGUGAUUUUUUUCAAACUUACUUACCCCUAUUCGAAUAUGUUGUUGUAGGACCGGGACCAGGUAACCCGUCUAAUCUGAAAGAUGUCGGAUUAAUAUCUCAUUUACUAAAAUAUUUGAGAGAGGAAGAUGAUGACAAAGUAGUGCCAUUCUUGGGUAUUUGUUUAGGGUUUCAAUGUUUGUGCGAUGCAUAUGGAAGUUCCAUAAGUCGUUUAGAGAAUGUUAAGCAUGGUCAGGUUUAUGAUGUGCACCCUGUUACUCCUGAAAACGAUCUAUAUACUUCUCAAAGUGCAAUUGAGAUUCCUAGCGUUCGAUAUCAUUCUCUCUAUGUCCUGUCAUUAGGCGUUGAAAUGAGGCCAUUGGCUUAUUGCUUUGAGCCUAAUAAUUCAGACGACAAGGACUCAAAAAUAUUGAUGGCAGGAAAACAUAAAUGUCGUCCAUAUUAUGGUGUUCAAUACCAUCCAGAAUCUGCAUGUUCGUCAGAUGGCGAUAAAUUAAUUCUUCGAUUUGAUGAUAUUGCAUCUAAAUAUAACCACAAAAUGAGAAGUGAAGUCUUGGACCCCAAAGAAGAGAAUGAAAAAGCUAAAAGUAUUGUGCUGGAGCUCAAGUCUUCACACAGUCUCAAUUUGAAUCCUCUCUUCAAAGAUGGUCCGUUGAACGACAAUGGAGCUCCAAAGAUAUACUUCAAGAAAAUGAAUUUCGUCAAUAAAGUGACGCCGAUUGAUAUGUGUGAAUUUUUUUACAAGAAUAACAAAUCUUCCCCUAAUUUCGUUCUUUUAAAUUCUGCAUCGAUUCCCAGUGAAUGGUCAAUCAUAGGUCUUCCAAUUCCUGGAAGAUCUCAAAUAGUGACUCAUUCGGUAGACAAUAUGCUGGAAGCAACAGUUCUGAGAUACAAAUCCUCAGAAUGUGAGAAGAUAUCAAUUCCAGAAUCCGAAACUGUAUGGAAUUUUUUGGGCGAUUUAAUGAAGAAAGCUUACAUUUCGAAAGAAUCUAUAGAUUCUCAUCUCGGAAAGGCAUAUCAUUCUAGAGAGAUUCCUUUCUUUGGUGGAUUUUUAGGUUUUGUGUCUUAUGAAGAGGGCCAAUUUAUUGAAAUUGACAAGCUUGGUCGCCUUUGUAAUGGUAAUACACCUGACUUGAAACUAAUUUUUAUUGAGAGGUAUAUGAUAUAUGACCAUUCUUCUGACGAUUGGUUUGUAUUUCUGGUCAGUAAGGAUUUGAAUGACGAAAAAUGGGUAGAAAAGACACGUAUAAUGGUAGAAACUGCAAAUCUUGAUGGUUCAUUGUCUUUAGAUGUCAAUUCAGUACCAAAAAGUGUCAAGGGAUUACUCAAAAAAGAAGAAAAUCAAAAAUUCGAGUUUCAGCUUCCAGAUAAGAAAAUAUACGAAGAGCAGUUUAAUGAAUGCCAGAGGUUGUUGCAUUCUGGCGAUUCGUACGAGUUAUGUUUAACUUGCCAGCUGAAAAUUUCAUUACCAUCUUAUAUUGCACCUUGGGAUAUCUACAAAAUUUUGACUUUGCAUAGAAAUCCUGCUCCUUUCUCUUGCUUUCUUGAAUUCGAAGAUUCCGUCUUAAUAUCUUCUUCUCCUGAAAGAUUUCUCUCGUGGAAGGAUCAUGAUUUUGAUGAAAAUAAAAAAAGAGUCAUUUUGCGUCCAGUUAAGGGAACCGUAAAGAAGUCACCGAAUGUAACUUUAGAAGAUGCCACAAGGAUACUUAAAACUCCCAAAGAGAUGGGAGAAAAUCUAAUGAUUGUCGAUCUUAUCAGACAUGACUUAUUUCAAUUUCUCGAUGACGUAGUAGUGUCUCGCCUCAUGGCGGUAGAAGAAUAUCAGACCGUUUUUCAGCUAGUAAGUGUCAUUGAAGGCAAUCUCGAGACUCGAAAAUCUCAGUAUCAUGGUUUGGACAUUCUCUGUAGCUCACUUCCUCCUGGCUCAAUGACAGGAGCACCUAAGAAACGCUCAGUUCAUUUGCUACAAGAUAUCGAGUCAUUACAGCCCACAAGUAUACCAGGAGGAAGAAGAGGAAUAUAUAGUGGCGUUGCUGGUUAUUGGUCUGUCACAGACAAUUCAGACUGGUCUGUAGUUAUUCGCUCUCUAUUCCACUAUCGUGACGAUUUAUCAAAUACUCCUGAUAAUAGCAUAUGGCGUAUAGGAGCAGGAGGAGCAAUUACUGUGCUUAGUGAAAUGCAAUCGGAGUGGGAAGAGAUGCUUACAAAGCUUACAGCUGCUCUACAGCUGUUUGAUUGA